AUGAACGCCUCUCGCAGAGCCCUCUCGCAAGGGCAGCAGCAAUUGCGCUGUUCAAGCCGCCUCGCCGUACGUAGCUUUAGCAGUACGUCACGAUUCUCGGCGGCCUAUUCAUCCUCGCCCUCAUCAGCUUCCUCGCCCUCUCCCAAGACAGAGACAUCCUCACCAAAAACCACAACAGCCGCGAAGCCCGCGUCCGCCCAACCCACGCCAGCCUCCCGACCAGCAUCGACAAAGCCCUUUUCGAAGCCCUUUUCCACCUCGAGCAGCAAAGCUGCCACCGCAAUCCCCAGCGAGCUCUUUUACCAGGCGACGACGAUUGCGAACGCAGAGGGGAGCGCCGACGCCGUCGUCCCCACGGUGGACUGGUCCGCGAGCUUCUACGGCAUCGCUAGCCGGCCCGCGACGAGCGCGCAGUUCGCCGCGCUCAUGCGGCCGCUCAACGUGGACGACAUCGAGGUCAAGCCCGACGGCAUCAUCUACCUCCCCGAGAUCCGCUACCGGCGGCGCCUCAACGAGGCGUUUGGCCCGAUGGGCUGGGGCCUGAUCCCCAAGGGCGACGCCGUCGUCGGCGACUCCAUCGUCACGCGCGAGUAUGCCCUGAUUGUCGACGGAAGGUUCGUCUCCCAGGCGCAGGGCGAAAACUCAUACUUUGGCGCCGACCAGCUCCCCUCUGCCGUCGAGGGCUGCAAGUCCAACGCGCUCAUGCGCUGCUGCAAGGACCUCGGCAUCGCCUCGGAGCUCUGGGACCCCAGCUUCAUCCGCUGGUUCAAGAAGAACCGCAUGGAGGAGGUCUGGGUCGAGCACGCCACCACCAAGAAGAAGCGCACCCUUUGGUACCGCAAGGGCGCCGUCGAAGUCGCCUACCCUUACCGCCAGACGAAAUAG